AUGAAAAAUAAAAAUGAGGCAAAUAAGUUUUCACUCAGAAAACUUAAUGUGUUAUUUUUAAUAUUAAUAAUUUUUGGAGUUUGUAGAUGUGAAGAUGAGGAUGAAAUUGGGAUAAUUUGUAUUAAAAGUUAUCUAAAAAACAUAAGUUUGAAUGAAGCUGAGUUAAAAUUUGACCACAAAAAGUUUAAAUAUAAUGUUGAAAUAGAAGAGUGUAUUGAAAGCAUAGACCUAACCCUUGAUAUUCCACACUGGAGAGACGCUUCAAGUGAUCAUAUAGAGUAUAAUGCCAAGGGUAAUUUCUUCUCAAGGCUCUUUAAAUCGCAUAGAAAUGGUAUUGUCUUUAACAAUAAUGACAAUAUUAACGUAACCAUAAACAAAGAUCCACUUUAUAAGACGAGUAACCCUACCGUAAAACUACCAUUAAAAUGCGGAUCAAACAACCUUUUCGUUAUAAAAAUAGAUGUACGUGACAAGUUCGAAGCGUUUUCAUUCCAGUAUAAGAUUAAUAUAAAGAUAUUAACAACAACUAUGGUAAACCAUUUGAUAUCACUACAAGCUUUCUCUGGGACAGCAAAACUGGAUUGUGAACCCUCACUAUCAAGGAAAGUUUUUGAAUAUUCUUACUACAUAUUCCCAUCAAUGAGCAAUAAAAUAAAAAUAAUUACCAAAUGUAAAUACGGAACUGCUAGAAUCAACACGACUAAAGCCAAUGAAUUUUCAUUUUCAAUGAGAGAUGUUAAUAAAACAUUAGAGGUAUUAUGCCCAAAUUUGGCAGUUAAAAGAUUCGGAUCAACAUACAAAGUAUAUUUUGUACACUCCUUGGAUGGACCAGUUCCACCUCCAAUUAGCAUAAAAUCAGUUUACUCGCAAGAAAAAUGCCAAGUGGAUAAUAGCGAUAAUGUUGUAAAGAUACUGUGCAGUGAGAAUUUCCCUAAUAACACUAAAUUAUUGUUUGAAACCGAUUCUAGAUAUAAAUAUGAAAUAAUUCAAAAGAGCAAAGACUCAGAGGAGUCCGAAGAAAUAUUUAAUGGUAAACCGACAUCAGUUAUAAAUCUAAAGGCUGUAACUGAAAUUAGAGGAACUGCGGGAAAGAGUAUCACUAAAUACAAUUUCCAAAAAGCCGUAGGACACCCAUACAUGGGAAGGUUUUACAAGGGCUUAAUAUACUUUCUGGUGCUUAUUCCAAAGUGGAUAAUAAUUUCUACAAACUUAUUCCAAACCUUCUUGGAACACAGGUUUGGAAUGGCAUUUCAUAUAUCUCCAAUAAUAGGACCAUUUUUAUUAAUUCUUUCAGAAAACAUAUGUUCAAUAUCUACUCAUAACGAUUCCGAUAUGGUCGAUUACUGUAAUAGCUUUAGUUUGCUUAAGAUACAUAACAAAAACUCAAAUUUUACUCUAAGUAGGCCAUUGUUUCACAAUAUUUUGAUAAUGACAGUGAUUUAUCACCUAACUAUGAAAGGAAAUUCUAAAAUUGUUCAGAAAAUCAAACAUUAUAUACCACCUUCACUAAUCGUAGACUCACUUGGCUUCAAAUUUUGUUUUUACUUUUUAUAUAUUUUAUCGGUUUGUUUCUUACUUUUCAAGUAUUUUCAGAUGCUCUUCUCAAAGAAUUCUCGUUUUAACAUUCUCAACAAUGAUAAGAGACUUGGAUUUUCUGGAAUACUUUCAAUCUUGCCAUCAAUGAUUCUGAUAGCGACAGUUUUAACUAGUUUUACCAAAUACUUGUUGAAUGAUUUUAAAAAAACAGUUUUAAAAAUAAAGAACAGGGAAGUGGUUUGGGUAGUAGAUGAUUCUAAUCCAGACCAAAAAGAUAAUUGGUUAACCAAGUUACUAUCUAAAUUGAAUAUAAACAAGUACAAUGGUUAUUGGUCUGACAAGAACUGCAAUGUUCUAUGUGCUCCUUUCACUGAUUGUAAAUUAGGAAAAUCUGUCCCAUUUUUGAAAAACAAAUCGUCUCGAAAAAUUGCAACUAUAAAGAAUAUUAAUAUAAAGUUUGAACUCUGCAAUGACUAUGAACUUACAAACUAUGUUUUACCUGAACUUAUAGAAUUAGAUACUAACAAAAUUGAUGAUGUUAUUAAACUUAAUGACCCGAUGAGUAUAUUCAAGGGUAUAAGCUCAAUAGCAUAUGCUGAGAACAAUGACUUGGUGUUUGGUAAUUUAGAAGGUUUAUCUGAAAUAAGCUCUAAAAAAGAAACAUACGUCGAAAUCCAGUCACUUGAAACCAUAAAUCAAGAUUUAAACUCUUUAAUUGUAGGAAAGGUACAGAAUGAUGAUAUCACUUAUUACAUUUAUUUGAAUGUUUUAAGAAAUACAGAAAAUAAAAUAAUUGAUAAAUUCCUCCCUUUGAAGGUUUCAGUUGAUCAAAUCAUGAGUAGUGACAUGGUCAAUUCUCACAGUUUUAACAGAAAUGUCAGACUAUUAAUGAUUGAUAAGUUUAUAUUUAUUUUCAAGGGCAUUAAUGCUCUUUUUUUCAUUUUUUCAAUGAGACAUAACUCUCCAACCUUGAAUCUAAUUAGGACCACUCUUAACAUCUUAUUUACUCUUUACUUCAUAGGUAUUUCUCAUCUAGUAUUUAAAUUAAUAAAAUUUAUUAUAUUUACUCAAUUAUUAUUUUUUAAACGCAUAUUUUAUUCAGCCGCAAGGCCUUAUUUGAACAUUUUUGAUAAUCUUUUUGGUUCAUUAUGUCUCGCGCUGGGUACUUUAUACAUUUUCAAGUUUGGGUAUUAUGAGUUCAUAAACAAACCAAAGAGUACUGGAGCUAUUGACAAAUUGAUCAUAGUUUCAAUCAUAAUAAUUCUCAUGUACUCUCUUUUAUAUUCAAUACUAUACUCAAUUGACCUCAUCUUAUCUUUAAAACACACAAAAUCUAAUGAGGAAUAUAAAAGCAAUAUUGACAUAAUAUUGUACAUAAAGGAGUUAAGGUUAAGUGAGAAGAUAUCUGGUUACUGCGAAAUUCCAGUAAUGAUUGGAACGAUAUGUUUAUAUGAAGAGAACAUAAUAUUACGUGACGAGACCCUGGACUACCAAAGACCUACUAUAGCAGUGGAAUGUAACAUAAUUUGUACAGAAUUCUUCCCCUUCCUUUCAUUAUUUAACAAUCGUGGAGACUAUUUUUCGUUUUCAAAAGAGCAAUUUACCUACGCAAUUUUGGACAGGUAUUUGGACGAGAUUUACAACAAGAAAAGUUCAAUGAUUAUUGCAAGGUAUUUAUUGUCCUUUAAAAUUUGUUUAGUAAUAUACAAAAUUUUAUCGUUAACAAUUCGAAAUGCAACUGCUUCUCGAUACAAAUUAUUGGAUAAUAUACAAUUAAAAUUAGUGUUAUAUAGUAUUUACAGAAUAUACUAA